ACCAGGACUGGAGGGCAGCAGGCCCAUCAGGUCCACAUGCAGCUCACAGCCUGCAGCUGCUCUGCAAACUAGAAGGAAGGAAAACAAAUCACAGAAGCUUUUAUUUUGAAAAGGUUACAGAAAAGUCUGAGAUGUUGUGAAAGUAGAGAAGAAUUUCAGUUUUCAUCCAUCUACACAAAAAUGUGUUCAUUUGGAGCGAUGGUGGCAGAGGAGUUAAGGGCCCUCUCCGUAAUCAGAAGGUUGCAGGUUCGAGCCCUGCUUGGGCAAGGCCUGCCUGCGGUGGUCGGAGGCACCGGUGGUGUCCACGCUCGGCAUGCCUCGCCUCUGUCGGUGCGCCUCAGGGCAGCUGUGGCUGCAUCGUAGCUCAUCCCCACCAGCAUGUGAAUGGGUGAAUGUGUUGUGAAGUCCUAAUCCUGCAUCACAUUAAUAUCAGAACCUUUCUGAGAUAAAGGAUGGAUGUUUAUGUGAAUUUUUACACAGCUGACUGUAGAAGCAGCUAAUCGGACCUCGUUUGAAGCGCUUUGUUCUGGUUUGUGGUGGAAACAGGAAGGACUCAGCUGUUGUCUGAAGCUCGCUAGAGCAGCGCUGCACAGGAACCAGAGUAACUGAUGUUUAGCUGACCCUAUUGAGACGCCAUCCAUGAAACCGCUCCGUCUGCAGGACUUCAUGUCCCAUCUGACGGAUCCAAAGUCGGGUUUGUUGUGCUUCUUUAGGGGGAACCGGGGGUUUGGUUACCAUAGCAGCUGUUAGGCUCAGAGAAUCAUCACUUUAUUUUUUUACUUUCUCUCUUCUUCCUUCAGCGUUACGAACCAUUGACCGUCAGGACUUUCCUCCUCCAGCAGGGACUCUAUCAUCUGCUGCCCCACAUUUACAACAACGUGCUUUUAGCCCAGGAGCUGCUAGCUGGCAGGGCAGCAGUGGAAAACUGGUAUUAGGAGAGCCGGAGAAGGGAGGAGACGGCCCCAGAGAUAAAAACAGCAGAACAUAUGAGUCACCGGGUCUGUCCACGAGCACGCCGCCGCGAGGUUGCUGGCACCUGAUCGGUGGUGACGGUGUUGCUAUGUAAUUAAGCAUUCAGCAAGCAAAACCUCAAGAUUCAUGUGUUUCAAAUUACACCCUCGCACACAUUCAUUCAUGAUUUGGUGUUUCUGGGUUGGAGGAUGUGGACUCAGCCUCAUGGAAAACACGUUUCACUGUGGUUCUGUUCACUGAUGCCACUCAGGCUGCCGGUUAAACUCCCCCAAAGCCCACCACAGCCCCCGACGCUGGAUUUUGGUUCUGAGGUCUGGAGGGCUUUCUCCUUGGUGCUGUCCUUGUGUGACCUGGCAGCCCGGCCAGCCGGUCUGGUUUCCAACCUACAGGGAAGGGCCUGCUGUGAUUGGUGCAGACAGCAAAGCCAUGUUUGGUGUGAGGAGGGUAUUUUUAGAAGCUGGACGCUGAUUGUAGAAACUGACAAAUGUGUUGAAGCACAAAGGCCAUCCUCGCGCUCAGGGUUUUACCUCUUAGGACAUUAUAAACAACUCAAACCCUCAGCAGAACCUCUAACCUUCAUCUGGCUCUGGGUCUGGGUCUGGGCUGCAGGAUGUUAGGUCUCGGAGAUGGGGAAGGACUCCCUCCCAUCCUGGCUGCACUGGGACGCCAGCAGCAGAAUCCUGCAGGGUCUUCCUUUGGAGGAGGAUAAAGGAGUCUUCUACAUCUCUGUAACCAUCUCCAACCACACUAAAGCCUCAACCUCAGAGGUGUUUCCCAUUGAAGUGCACCCUGAAGACCACCUGGAUCUUGAUUCUGCUCAACUGCUGUCCAGCCAAGCUGCUGUGGAUGACCACGUCCAGCCGUUGUUUUGUGAAGGCGAAGAGCCGGUCACCAUCCUCACUGUGAUUCUGGAUGCUGACCUGACCAAAAUGAGCUCUGAGCAGAGGGUGGAGCUGCUGGAUCACAUGAGGAGCUUCUCUGGGGUUGAUCUCCAGCACAUGAAGAUGCUCCCUGUGGUCAACAACAAGCUGUUUGACAUGUCUGCGUUCAUGGCUGGGCCUGGCAAUGCCAAAAAGGUGGUGGAGAAUGGCGCACUGCUGUCAUGGAAGCUUGGCUGCUCACUGGACCAGAACUCAGUUCCCAAUAUUAACAAUGUCCAGGGUCCUGCCAAAGAAGGUGCAAUGUCAGCCAAGCUGGGGUUCCCUGUGGUGGGCUGGCACAUAGCCAACAAGAAGCCCCAUGUCCCGAAGCGGGUGAGGCGACAGCUGAACAACACUCCAACACCUGCUUUGGCAGCGGUCCCUCCAACCACAGUGGUGGAGCCACCAGUGAGAAUCAUUCCAACACUCUCCUCUCCAUCUAUUGCUGCACCCACAGAAAGUUCUGCUCCCCCUGUUAGAGGCCCCGUCCCCCUUCCAGUCAAGCCUACAAUCAGAGUCCGUGAUCCUAUUGCCCACACACCUACACUGGGACCGUCUCCUCCAAUAAAAGUUCUGGAGACCACCAGCACUGUUUCUAUUGGCCCAACCGUGACCUGGUCUAGACAUGUUGAAGCCACGCCCACAUUGUCCACCACAACCCAAAAGUCCCCAGGGAAAAAAAUCCGAACGACCCCAGUCCCAGGAAAGCCCACACUCAAGCCUCCCAAGCCUCCCAAGACGCCCAAGCCGCCCCGCAGCACCACCACUCCAUCAUCUGGUGUCAUCCCAGACCCGUACAAUGAGCCACCAGUCCUGAGAAACCCCAUCGACCAGGUCAAUGCACUGGUGGGAACCUACUUUGAAGUAAAGAUCCCAUCUGAUACAUUCUUUGACAAAGAGGAUGGAACAACAGAUAAACUGAGUCUCACUCUAAGGCAGAACAACAACGAAGCAGUUGAAGGCAAAUCCUGGAUCCUCUUCAACACCACCAGCCAACUCCUCUAUGGACUGCCGGAUGUCCAGCACAUUGGGAAACAUGAGUACUUCAUGCAAGCAGCUGACAAAGGUGGCCUCAAUGCUGUUGAUGCUUUUGAGGUCCGUGUAAACCGCUGGCCCCUCAAUGACAAAACCCCCGUCAUAUUCACAGCUCGCUUUGAUGGAGAGCCACGCUCAGUCACAAAUGACAUCCACAAGAAGAUCCUUCUAGUUAAAAAGCUGGCGUACGUUCUCGGGGACCGAAACAGCAGCACAGUGAGCUUAAGAAACAUCAGCAAAGGGUCAGUUGUGGUGGAAUGGACAAACACCAGCCUCCCACACAAUCCGUGUCCCAAAGAUCAGCUGGUGGCGAUGAGCAGGACCCUUGGCAAUGCAGAUGGAAGACCCUCACAGGCCUUCAGGUAUGCCAUGGAGCCUGAAUUCAGACCACUGGACGUGAAGGUGAAGGGACGAGCAAGCUGCCGAACCUAUUCCUUCAUUCCACCAGCAGAGAUUGACCUAUCAGAACCUCCCACAGUCGUUCCGGGAGUGGGAUCGAGCCGGCAUAGCACAGAUGAUGUGUACCUUCACACAGUCAUUCCCGCUGUGGUGGUGGCAGCCAUCUUGUUGAUUGCAGGAAUCAUUGCGAUGAUUUGCUACAGGAAGAAACGACGAGGCAAGCUCACCAUCGAAGACCAGGCCACCUUCAUCAAAAAGGGUGUGCCAAUCAUCUUUGCAGAUGAACUUGAUGACUCUAAGCCUCCUCCGUCCUCCAGUAUGCCCCUGAUACUCCAGGAGGAGAAGCCCCCCCUUCCUCCCCCUGAAUACCCCAACAUGGCCACUCCAGAGACCACCCCCCUCAACCAGGAGCUACUUGGGGAAUACACGGCUCUGAGAGAUGAGGACCCCAAUGCUCCUCCCUAUCAGCCACCACCUCCCUUCACCACUCCCAUGGAGGGCAAGGGCUCCCGUCCUAAGAACAUGACUCCCUACAGAUCUCCACCCCCCUACGUGCCCCCCUAAGACUUGUUUAACCCUCCCCUACAGGUUGGAGGAAAGAGGAUGCCUGAAGAACUGUGACAGUUUCUAUUUUGGUGUGUCUGGGAGAGAUGACAAGGUGCUACAGUACAAAAGCAGCUACAGGGAACUUUGGUGUGGGUGGGGGUUUACAGCUGACAGACGGGAUGAUUGGCGUGAACAGCUGGGAGGGACUACUGCGUGUAAGCUAGCCCAACAACCACAGCGGCCGAAGCCAACCCAGUUUGACGCGGCCACUCAGAAUCACAUCUGGGAGGAGGGCGCUCCCUUCUCUGCAUUUCAACCUUUUCUUAGAUUUGAAAACGGGAUUAAAAUAGUAUUUUUCUUUCUUAUUAUCCCAAGAUUGAUUUUUAUUUUUUCUGGACUGAAACCUUUGCCUGACUUGAUUUUUCCUGCUUUGAAACGAUACGAGGAGACUGAACUGUCACCAGACCUCUGCUGGCAGUGACUCGUGUUUUUAGAACGCUGUGAGAUUCUGAGUGUGAGGAGAACAUCACAGGAAUCUCAAACGACCCCUGCAGACGACAGAGAACAUCAGAGAGUGUGUGUGUGUUAGUUCAGAUUCAAAACGAUUUGCCUUUUAACACGAGCUGUCUGUUUCUAUUCUUAUUCACUGUCUAGUUCAGCCGAGAAUAACAAGGUAGCUUCAAAUGAUGUAGAGAUGAUAAACUUUAGUUUUAUGGUUUGUUUUUUAAAUCACUGAAGAUCUGCACGAGGCUCAGGUGGAUCCUUCUGGUACUUUUGAUGGCGCAGGGAUGGGAAGGGAUUUCCUCCCUGGAACAACCUUGAAUGAUUUUUACUCCUGAUUUUGUAUGUCAAUCCCGUCUCUUAGUUUUAUAAAAGUUCCUCCUGGUUCUUCUGGAGCCGUCAGCAGAUCUUCUGGGCUCAGAUUCACCAGACGUGUUUAUCUUUGAUUCUUUAAUCAUCUGUUAUGCUUUGAUUUGGAUUUGAAUGCAAACAUUUGUUCCUUUACGUUGAGUUGAUGUAGUUUCAUUAUGUUGACCUGGAUUAGCGAAAAUACUCGUUUAGAGAGAAGCUGGGAAAUGAAACCCUAAAAGGAGGUGGUUUGAUCAGGUUAAAUGUGUUAACCUGUGCUGGUUUAAAAAAAAAAACAAAAAAAAAACAUUUUCCAGUUCUUUUCAGGUUUAUUUAAUGUUUUAAUUGUGUAUUAUUCACUUGCUCUGCCUUAUUUCUCACUUCUAAACAUAAAACACUGGGAAUUUGUAGCGUUUGAAGCAAAAGUCCAACAAUUUUAUCUAGAGUGAUUCUCUCAUUUAUAUUGAUCAUCUUGAGUCAGUUAAAGUUGAUGAUGGCUUUCCACAGCUGUGUGUGACUCCAUGCACGAUGCUCUAACAUGUUACGUGGAUAACAAACUGAUGGAGAUCUUUCACCUUUUAGAGGACGGAUGAUUGUAGCUGCGACUCAGCAGAGAAACAAACUUUCACUCAAACCCGUAAAAAAUAGUUGAGUUUUCAUCUUUUUGACUCAAACUGUGUGAUUAUUAUAUGAAAUGCAGUUCAUUAGUUUUCAGUGAUUUUUGAGAAUUUUAGCCUAGAAGUUUAAAUUCAGUUAUGAACAUUUUUAAUUUUUUCGGGUCACGUUUACGAGCGUUUUUCUUGUUUGUGUGUGUGUGUGUGUGUCUCCACUAUACGAGUGACUGACCCAUGCUUUAUGUAACCACAAAUGUUGUUUUCACAUCUCUCUGUUUGAAAGUGACCCUUUGCAAUAAUAAAGUGCGGUUGGAUUCGCUCAGCGAGCGGUCCACGCGGGCUCACAUGACUGACUUGUAUACGGAGGGUGAUGUUGGUUUUUGCAGGAUGCCAAGGCCUUUUCUGCUUAUGGAGUGUGAGUUGUAAUAAUAAAACCAACUGGUACCUUAAAA